GAGCGGCGGCGGGAGCGCGGCGGGGCCGGGGGGCGGCGGGGCCGGGAGCGGGCGGGGGGAGCCCGGCCGGGCCGUGAGGGCGCGGCGGAGCCUGGCGGCGGCGGCGGAGCGGCCUGGGGGCUCCCCCCGGCGAGCGCGGGCCGAGCGGGCCGGGCCGGCGGCCGUGGCGGGGCUAUGAUGAGCCCGCUGCGGGGCUCCGCACCCCCGCGUGUCCCCCUGGCAGGUCCGGCCCGCGGCUGAGAACCCCCCACCGGCGGUAUGGCCUCACAGCUGCAGGUGUUCUCCCCUCCGUCAGUAUCCUCGAGUGCCUUCUGCAGUGCCAAGAAACUGAAAGUGGAGCCGUCUGUCUGGGAUGUUUCAGGACAGAGCAGUAGCGACAAGUAUUAUACCCACAGCAAAAACCUCCCAGCAGCUCAAGGGCAAGCCAGCUCCUCUCAUCAGGUAGCCAAUUUCAGCAUCCCUGCCUACGACCAGAACCUCCUUCUCCCUGCUCCCUCCGUCGAGCACAUCGUGGUCACCGCGGCCGACAGCACCGGCAGCAGCGCCACCGCGUCCUUCCAGAGCAGCCAGACCCUCUCACACAGGAGCAACGUUUCUUUGCUGGAACCAUACCAAAAAUGUGGAUUAAAAAGGAAAAGUGAGGAGGUCGACAGCAACGGUAGUGUGCAGAUCAUUGAGGAACAUCCACCUCUCAUGCUGCAAAACAGACCUGCGGUGGGUGCUGCGGCCACGACCACCACGGUCACCACGAAAAGCAGCAGCUCCAGUGGGGAGGGGGAUUACCAGCUGGUCCAGCAUGAGAUCCUGUGCUCUAUGACAAACAGCUAUGAGGUCCUGGAGUUCCUGGGGCGGGGGACGUUCGGGCAGGUGGCGAAAUGCUGGAAACGUAGCACGAAGGAGAUCGUAGCCAUCAAAAUCCUGAAGAACCACCCGUCAUACGCCCGGCAGGGCCAGAUCGAGGUGAGCAUCCUGUCCCGCCUGAGCAGUGAGAAUGCUGACGAGUACAACUUUGUCCGCUCCUACGAGUGCUUUCAACACAAGAAUCAUACUUGCCUUGUAUUUGAGAUGCUGGAACAGAACUUAUAUGAUUUCCUAAAGCAAAACAAGUUCAGCCCGUUGCCCCUGAAGUACAUCCGGCCCAUUCUGCAGCAAGUGGCCACUGCCUUGAUGAAGCUAAAGAGCCUGGGUCUGAUCCAUGCUGACUUGAAGCCAGAGAACAUCAUGUUGGUGGAUCCUGCACGCCAGCCCUACAGAGUGAAGGUGAUAGACUUUGGGUCAGCCAGCCACGUGUCCAAGGCCGUGUGCUCCACGUACUUGCAGUCGCGCUAUUACAGAGCUCCUGAAAUCAUCCUGGGUUUGCCGUUCUGUGAAGCCAUUGACAUGUGGUCGCUGGGCUGUGUGAUUGCUGAGCUGUUUCUGGGCUGGCCUCUGUAUCCAGGAGCAUCUGAGUAUGAUCAGAUUCGUUAUAUUUCACAAACUCAAGGCCUUCCAGCAGAGUAUCUUCUCAGUGCAGGAACGAAAACAAGCAGGUUUUUUAACAGAGAUCCAAAUUUGGGAUACCCACUGUGGAGGCUAAAGACCCCAGAAGAACAUGAGUUGGAAACAGGAAUCAAAUCAAAAGAGGCUCGGAAAUAUAUUUUCAACUGUUUGGAUGAUAUGGCGCAGGUGAAUAUGUCUACAGACUUAGAGGGCACUGACAUGUUGGCAGAGAAGGCUGACCGAAGGGAGUAUAUUGAUUUGUUGAAGAAAAUGUUGACAAUUGAUGCAGAUAAGAGAGUUACUCCACUGAAGACUUUGAACCAUCCAUUUGUUACAAUGACACAUCUACUGGACUUCCCCCACAGUAACCAUGUGAAAUCUUGCUUUCAGAAUAUGGAGAUCUGCAAGCGAAGGGUUAACAUGUACGACACAGUGAAUCAGAUUAAGAGCCCAUUCACAACUCACGUUGCUCCCAAUACAAGCACAAACCUGACAAUGAGCUUUAACAACCAGCUCAACACAGUACACAACCAGGCCAGUGUGUUGGCAUCCAAUUCUACUGCUGCUGCUACUCUUUCCCUGGCAAACUCGGAUGUCUCCCUGCUGAACUAUCAGUCUGCCCUGUACCCAUCAUCUGCAGCCCCAGUUGCAGGAGUGGCUCAGCAGAGUGUUUCCUUGCAGCCUGGAACCACCCAGAUCUGCACACAGACUGACCCCUUCCAGCAGACCUUCAUUGUUUGUCCCCCUGCUUUUCAAACCGGACUUCAGGCAACUACAAAGCAUUCUGGGUUCCCAGUAAGGAUGGAAAAUGCUGUCCCAAUUGUGCCACAAGCACCUGCAGCACAGCCACUGCAGAUCCAGUCUGGAGUUCUCACACAGGGGAGCUGUACACCACUAAUGGUAGCAACUCUUCAUCCUCAAGUAGCCACCAUCACGCCGCAGUAUGCGGUGCCCUUUACCCUGAACUGCGCAGCCGGCCGGCCGGCGCUGGUCGAACAGACGGCUGCAGUACUGCAGGCCUGGCCGGGGGGAACCCAGCAGAUCCUGCUCCCUUCCACCUGGCAGCAGCUCCCAGGGGUUGCUCUGCACAACUCUGUCCAGCCAGCAGCCGUCAUCCCGGAGACCAUCGGCAGCAGCCAGCAGCUGGCUGACUGGAGGAAUGCACAUUCCCAUGGAAAUCAGUACAGCACUCUCAUGCAACAGCCAUCUCUGCUGACCAACCACGUGACAUUGGCUACAGCACAGCCUCUGAACGUUGGAGUGGCUCAUGUUGUGAGGCAGCAGCAGAGCAGCAAUGUGCCAGCAAAGAAGAACAAGCAGCCAGCACCAAGCACAGCCAAGCCCAGCUCAACCCUGGAGACCGUGCCCACCCAAGUGUACUCUCUCAUUGGGAGCAGCCCCCUGCGCUCCACCUCCUCCUCUUCCAACGUGCUGGUCCCAGUGCAGGAGCAGCACCAGCCCAUCGUGAUCCCGGACACUCCGAGCCCCCCUGUCAGUGUCAUCACCAUCCGCAGCGACACCGACGAGGAAGAGGACAGCAAAUACAAACCUGCCAGUUUGGGCAUGAAGCAGAGAUCCAAUGUCAUCAGCUACGUCACUGUUAACGACUCCCCUGACUCUGACUCCUCCCUGAACAGCCCCUAUGCCACAGACCCCCUGUCCUCGCUCAGGAGCACCGGGGGGGCCCUGGAGCUGCCGAGCAGGGCCGCUCCCGACAGCUCCAGCUCCCGGACCAUCAUCGUGCCACCCCUGAAAACACAGCUCAACGACUGCAUUGUGGCCACCCAGGCUUCAGGCAUCCUGAGCAGCACCAGUAAGACCAAGCCAGUGGCCUCGGUGAGCGGGCAGUCGUCAGGAUGCUGCAUAACCCCCACUGGGUACCGCUCCCACCGCGUGGUGACCAGCGGCGUGCAGCCCCUCAACCUCAGCCAGAACCAGCAGACCACAGUGCUGGCCUCCCAGGAGAGAAGUGGAAACGCUGUCCCACGUAGGCAGCAAGCUUACGUGGCCCCCCUCACGUCAACUAUUUCUCAGGCUCCCUACACGUUCCAGCACAGCAGCCCAGUGCAUCCCCACCUGGCAGCAGCCACGGCCAGUGCCCACCUGUCCAGCCAGCCCCACAUGUACACUUACGCUCCCACCACGGCGGCCACGCUGGGCUCCACCACCUCCAUCGCCCACCUCUUCUCCCCUCAGGGCUCCUCCCGGCACACCACGUACGCUGCCCACCCCAGCACCCUCGUCCACCAGGUCCCCGUGAGCGUUGGGCCCAGUCUGCUGACUUCCAACGUCCCACCCGCCCAGUACCAACACCAGUUUGCUCCCCAGUCCUAUAUUGGUGCUUCCAGAGGAUCUGCUAUUUACACUGGAUACCCGCUGAGCCCCACCAAGAUCAACCAGUACUCCUACUUGUAGUUCCCAGCAAAGCACUGUCCUGCAAUAGAGAGAGUGGAGAAGGAUUUCAGGUGAACCUUUACCUGGGAAUGACUGCCUGGCUCGUGUUUCUCCCUGAUCUGGGUGUGUGUUGCUCCAAAAUGUCUCUGGUGAGUUCGGUCACUAACUGAGCAGCAUGUUUUGUUACCAGUACGAGGGUCACUAAUUAAGUUUUUAAAAUUUUACUUACUUUUUAUAGAUGCUUUUAAAAAAAAAAAUUCAUGGUCACGUUUAUUUAAAAUUGUUCUGUUGUGCUAAUCAAAAGGGGUGUCAAAUCAGUGUCUUGGAAGACAGAUCCUGAUGUCUUUUUUUUAACUUGUGUAACUUAAACAGAAAAGAUUUGCAGAUUCUAUUUUAGCAGCUUGCACAAAUCCAUGUUGCCACUAAAAAUGUAAUGCAUGUUUAUCUCAUUAUGUUGCUGGGGCAGUUUUAAAAUCAGAUUUAGUAUUUUAACAUUUGUUCUCUAAUUCACUUUGUCUCUAACAAAUUGCUGGUUCUGCAAAAGCCAUUACAUCUCCAUAUAUGUUUCUGUCAAAGGUUUUUUGUUUACUUCUCUGCUUUGUUUAAGGACUGGUAGAGGCAGCUGCCUUACAGCAGCAACGUGAUAUAUUCAGGAGUCCUGCAAACCCUGGAGUCUGCUUUGUUUUCUUGAAAAUUCUCCAUAACCCAGCUGAAUUUUCUGUUGUGUUCAUUGCAGAAUUCUUUUAAGUUCUUCAAAGUGCAUUCAGGAUCUCACUGUGUGACAGAGCUCAGCAGCUCUGUCAGGAUGUUGUUGUCUUCAGUUGAGAGUGAAUAGUGCAGCACUGCUCUAAAAUUUGGUUUCUGCAGCUUAUUAGAUGCUGGCCCUAUAAUGGAGCUGGAUUCCUUCACAGAAGCACAGGGCUUUGCUUUGUUCUGUUUUUUUCUUAAUGAUUUUUUCCUCACAUGAUUCAUUUAGGAGGGAGGUGAAUUUGAAAUACAAUGAAACAUCACUGUAUUGAUGAUGUACAGCUUUUUAUACUCCUGUGAGCGUAUCCUCCUGGAUAUGUCAACAGCUACUUUAAAGCGCUCUUAAUAAGACUUGUAAACAGUACAUGCAUGUAGGAAUUGCAACAAAAAACCAGAAACAAAAAAACCAGAAACAAAAAAAAAAGAGAAAGAAAAAG